CGUCCUUCCCGGUCAAGAAUUUGCGAAUGGCACUCAACGCUGCGGGCGCGGCCUCCCGACUUGGGUAGCCAUAUAUACCGGUGCUGAGUGCACUGAAGGCGAUUGUGCGGCACUCGUGUUCAACGGCGAGCUCCAAGCUUGUUGUGUAGCAGCCGACCAGCAGCUUCUCGCUCGUGUCAUGAUCCGCCGGGUCGUAGACGGGGCCGACAGCGUGAAUGACCCUGUUGCAUGGCAGGUCAUAGGCGUCUGUGAUCUUGGCUGAGCCAGUCUUGCACCCAUUCAACUUCUUGCACUCUUCGUACAGGCCGCGGCCAGCUGCCCGAUGAAUGGCACCGUCUACGCCGCCGCCCCCGAGAAGGGAGCGGUUAGCGGCAUUGACGAUGGCAUCGACGGCGAGAGAAGUGAUGUCGGCACGGUACACGGCAACACGGUCGUUGAGAGAUUUAGAAGGGGGAGGGAUCUCGGUCGGUCCCAAGAGAGUCUUCACAAGCUUGGUGUCAGCGGGUGCGGCUGACAGCUUGUGGAGCUUGUAGAGAAGGGAGACGGAGGGGAUGUCGGCAGCCUCGAGGACGGUCAUCUUGGCGAUGUGCCGAAAGGACAUAGAUGUUGUUGAUGCUGGGGAAAAGACUCAGCAAACUGAGGUGAUGGGCAAAGUGAAAGUAUGGACUAGGACAGGUAAGGUAGGUUGCGUACCCGUGGCCAAGCAGGUGAGCAGUGCGAUGGGAAAGCUUGAGCAAGCCUACCUAUCAACAGAUGCGGGGUGGUGGCCGUUCUAGAAUCGCGGGGUAAUUUUAGCAAGCGGGCAUGCAACGGACGGGACCAGGCGACAAUAAAAAGUCAUGAAAUUCUUGAGCUCCAAACUGUCUGAUCUAAUAUUCUACGACGGGAGUAGUAUAUGGCUGAUCGUUCGUCUCAAGUAAUCAGCGAUCCCCCAUAGCCAGGCCAAUAAUGGCUGUCUCUCUGCUCCCUAGCUAACGUCCAGUGACGUUGACAGCCCGCACAGGUGCAGGGCACUAGAACACCAUCGGACGGCCCGAGAGAAGAUCGACAUCUGGCCGGUCUCCAGCAGAGAGGGAGUCACUGAGGUCUGGAACCUGGGAAUUCCGUGGUACCUCAGCUUAUCUUAUCGCGCCGAGACACAGCCAGAGGCGGGACAAGGUGGGGUUCCACUCAGUGUCGGAUGGACCCCUCCAAACACCCCUUUGUGGCAGUGGCAGUUGUGCAACUCCAAACAUUUUACUGACUCACCCGGCGAUAACGCUGUCACAUCACCUCCACUUCCAGUCAGUCUUAAACGUCUGGCUCCGUCCCGUCGACUGCGCGCCUUCGUUUUUCUUUCAAUCGAAUAAAUCCACCGCUACCAUGGCUGACUCCAUCGCCGAUUCGACGGCCAAGCUCGACAUCACCGACGCGCCUACCGCGCCCGAUACUGCCCCUACGGUCGACAAUGCCCCAAAGCUUCAGCUUGACGAGGAGACCGGCGAGUGGGUUUCCAAGGGAGAACUGAAGAAGAGACUGGCAAAACGCGCAAAAAAGGCGUCGAAGGACAAGAACAAGGAGGCAAGCAAUGCUGCCGCGCCGCCAAAGACUCAGCAGCCGAAGAAGGAAAAGGUCGAAGAUGUCCCAAUUGACACGGAUUCCAUGUUCAAACAGGGCUUCUUGAACGAUGUUUACAAGGAGCGUCCCGUGAAGCCAGUUAUUACCAGAUUCCCCCCCGAGCCAAACGGUCACCUACAUAUCGGUCAUGCCAAGGCAAUCGCCGUCAACUUUGGCUUUGCCAGAUAUCAUGGAGGAUAUACCUACUUACGUAUGGACGAUACAAAUCCUGAGAGCGAGGAGGAGGAGUACUUCACCUCGAUCGAAGAAACAGUCCGUUGGCUCGGCUUUGAACCGUACAAGAUCACCUAUUCAAGCGACCACUUUGAUACCCUAUACGCGCUCGCCGAGAAGCUGAUCGAGCAGGGAAACGCAUACGUGUGCCACUGCGACGACCAGGAGGUGAAGAAGCAGCGCGGUGGGGAGAAGGGAGCCAGCCCUCGUUACCGAUGCGAGCACGCCAACCAGUCUGUCGAGGAAAACCUCAAAAAGUUCAGGGCCAUGCGGGACGGCGAGUACAAGCCCAGGGAGGCUUUUCUGCGCAUGAAGCAGGACAUCAAUGACCCCAACCCCCAGAAUUGGGAUCUGGCGGCGUACCGAGUAUUGAACAAACCUCACCACAGGACCGGUGAUAAGUGGGUCAUCUACCCCACCUACGAUUUUACCCACUGUUUGUGUGAUAGCUUCGAGAAGAUCACCCACUCGCUUUGUACAGUCGAGUUUUUCCUCAGCAGGACGUCGUACGAGUGGCUGAAUGAGAGGCUGGUUGAAUAUCAGCCUAUGCAGCGCGAAUAUGGCCGACUGAGCAUCGAGGGCUCCGUACUCAGCAAGCGCAAGCUGAAGGAGCUUGUCGAUAAGGGGAUCGUCAGAGGCUGGAACGAUCCCCGAUUACACACGCUCAUCGCUAUACGCCGAAAGGGCGUCCCACCGGGUGCCAUCCUGGAAUUCGUCAACGAGCUCGGCGUAACCACGACGAACAGCAUCAUCCAGAUGUCCCGCUUUGAGCAGACCAUUCGGCGCUACCUUGAACGAACAGUCCCGCGCUUGAUGCUGGUGUUGGACCCAGUUCCUGUGGUCCUGGAGUCAAGCGAGUUUGACGGCACUGACCUCACCGUCCCCUUCUCACCCAAGAACCCGGCCAUGGGAGACCACAAGAUCAAAUUCUCGCAGACUGUGUACAUCGACCGCUCCGAUUUCCGUGAGGUCGACAGCAAGGACUACUUCCGCUUGGCCCCAGGCAAGACGGUGGGCUUGCUCCAGGCACCCUUCCCCAUUACCGCCACAAGCUUCACCAAGGAUGAGACCACCGGCCUUGUGACCGAGAUCAAGGCUGUCUUUGACCGUUCUGGCAAGAAGCCAAAGACCUUCAUCCAGUGGGUGCCUGCUGAGAGCGCUGGGUCCAAGAGAUGCGAGGCCCGCAUUUACAACUCCCUUUUCAAGUCCAAUAACCCAACCGGUGCCGAAGGUGGCUUCUUGUCCGACCUUAAUCCCGAUAGUGAGAUCAUUUACCCGAACGCUCUGGUUGAGUCUGGCUUUGAUGAGGUCACGAAACGCGCUCCUUGGCCCGAGGCUGCCGGCGAGGACAAGCUCGGCAAGGGCGGUCCCGAGUCUGUUCGGUUCCAGGGCAUGCGUGUUGGCUACUUUGCCAUGGACUCGGAUAGCAGAGAUGACAAGAUUGUUCUGAACCGGAUUGUGUCGCUCAAGGAGGACAAGGAGAAGAGCUAAGUGGAUGGAAUGACGACUGGGCUACUUUAUGUUUCAGAUUACGCAAGUUUCUAUAGAUAUCCCUAGCAUCAUAAAUAGAGUUAGCCUGUGACCCCGAUUUCAGUAGGCCUUAUUUCUCACCUAUUCCCUCUGCAUCAUGGUAUGAUGUACAUGCGAGCGGCCAGGCAGCGAGGGACUUGCCCCACUUCUAAUCAGGUAACCUCAUCAUUUGGCAAAUCAUCGGCAUCAACUAUUACAGCAAGGGCUGAUGUGUUCAUGUCCAAAAUGUCUAUAAAGCCGGACGGCUGUGCCAAUUCCAUUCGUCAAGCUCAAUCUUUACUUCCCCUUCGGCACCGCCAACAUGACCGUGACGCACCCCCUCGCGACCUUGCCUUUCGAAACUUUCGGCUCGAUUCUCGACCGCAUUUCUCGUGCAGAGACAAGUCAUUCUGUCCGCCAGCGUCUCCUCCCCUUCCUCUGUCACACACUCACCUUCUCCAACGCCCAGGUCAUAUCCAAUUCCACCCUGCUCGCAGCCCAAAGCCAUGGGAAGUAUGUCAAAACCCUCCGCUUUGUCGGCUACGCUUACAAAACGGACGACAUCAUGGAUACAGACCUCUGGAAGCGGCCCAUUCUGCACCGAGACAGCAGCAUCAUGUACGUCCC